AUGUCUUCUUCUUCUCUUCGUAAAAUCUUCGUUUUCCUUGGACUCGUGGCUAUUGUGGCUGCUCAAUGGGGAGUUAAUUCUGGACUUGGACUUGGUGUGGGACCUGCGAGAGUUGGAGCCAAUGUGAACGGUGGAGGAUAUGGAGGUCGUGGAUAUGGAAACGGCUACGGUAAUAAUGGAUACGGAAACCAAGGAUAUUAUGGUAAUCAAGGAGGAUAUGGAGGUCAGGGAUACGGUAAUCAAGGAUAUUACGGGAACCAGGGAGGAUAUGGAAAUCAAGGAGGAUAUGGAGGAGGACGUGGAGCUUAUGGAAAUGUUGGAGUUGGAGUUCAACCAGGAGUCGGAGGACUUGUUGGAGGAAUCCUCGGAUAA